GAGAGAGCAUCUGUCAAGCCCACAUUUAAACUGCUGCCUGCCUGCCUGUGCAGCAGCUGAGGAACCGUGGAUUUCAUAUUAUAGACUAAAACCCCAGUAACAGGGCUCAAAAUCCUUCCUGCAGCUGCCAGGCGACGAGGAAAGAGAGUGAAAUCCUACUCUUUUCCGAUCCAGUCGAGGCACUCCAUUCUCGCUCUGGCUGCUCUGCCCUGCAGCUCAUGUUCGCACCAGAAAUAUGGAUACUGAGACGAGAACACAGCACUGCAUUGUCCGGCCAGGAAAACAGCAGAUGUAAAAAGCUUCCAGGCAUCAACUGUCGGCAAGAGUCGACAGUGCUCCAAACAGCACCAACAGCUACAGCCCUUUUGUUUAAAGAAAGAGAAAGAAAAUGAAAGGAAGGAAAAGCCUCGGGAGCCCAGGACCUCUAUGAACGAGGAGGGCGGCUCGGAGACCAGCGGACAGAUGGACACUGUGGACGCGGUGGGGAGCAGCCGCGGGAGGCAGGCUCUGGGGGAUGCGCCCGUGCUCCACAGCAUCUUCUGGCUGAAGCGAUGGCGUGUGCCAAAAGUAUCUUCGGGGGGCAUGAUCCUCUCCACGGCAAUGGCCUGACCAGGGAAGGUGCAUCUUCUCAUUGACUUUCUCAACACAGUAGGGGCCAAUGGAAACAUGCCAAGCAGUGUCCUGUGACUAACAGAACUCGGUCAUGAUCAACCUUGCGCCGUCUGUCCCACACCUGACACAUGACCAUUUUACAAAAAAGGCCGCUGACCAUGCACCACACCGCCCGUGUUAUGUCAAAUCAAUUUUAAUGAAUGCCAAUAAAUUUUCCAUCUGCUCUCAGGCCUUCUCACACAGCCUCUCGGGAACCCAGUAACGCUCUUCUCUUCGACACGUGCACAACUUUUCAUCUUUAAGUCAAAAGUACACAUGACCAAAGCUACUGAGAUGAGGAAGUCAGUGGAAGCAAAUUAAUCCAUCACCUCUCUUUAAAGUGUUCACUGUGCUCCGCAGGCAUAUUUUUAAAGAAAUGCAUCCUGUUCUCAGGAUGUUACAUGUUGCCAAGGGAAGACAAAUGGUAAACUCUGUUCCUGGGUCAACGUGUUUUCAUGGCUUAAAAAUCCCCUUGGGCCCUGAUUUUAUUAGCAUCCAAAGUCUCUCUCAGGCAGUCCUGCAUGCGUGGGCAUUCUGUCAACUUUUAUACUUCAUCCUUACAGACAGGCAGCAAGGGAGACGGCACGGCCAGACGAGAACAUGAUUCCCAAAGAGCAGCACUGAUUCAGGAGAGGACACGUCUUCUGCCACUGGGAUCUCACGUCCCACCGCUGGCUGUCACAACAUGCUUCAGCGGAGGAGAAGACACUGCUGCUUUGCAAAGAUGAGCUGGAGCGCCAAGAGGUCUCUGUUCCGGACCCGCCUCACUGCCGUUCUUUCUCUGGUCUUUCUGUUCGCUAUGUUUUUGUGUUUCAACCACCAUGACUGGCUGCCCGGCAGAGCUGGAUUCAAAGAAAACCCUGUGACAUACACUCUCCGUGGAUUUCGUUCUACAAAAAGUGAGACAAACCACAGCUCUCUUCGGAACCUCUGGAAAGAAACAGUCCCUCAGACUCUGAGGCCUCAAACAGCAACUAACUCCAACCACACGGAUCUGUCCCCACAAGGAGUGACCGGGCUGGAGAACACGCUCAGUGCCAACGGAAGUAUUUACAGUGAGAAGGGCACCGGCCACCCCAAUGCUUACCAUUUCAAGUACAUUAUCAAUGAGCCUGAAAAAUGCCAGGAGAAAAGCCCUUUUUUAAUACUACUAAUAGCUGCAGAACCUGGACAAAUAGAAGCUAGAAGAGCUAUUCGGCAAACCUGGGGCAAUGAGAGCCUAGCUCCCGGCAUUCGGAUCACUCGGAUUUUCCUGCUGGGCGUAAGUGUUAAGUCACAGCGCCACCUUCAACGUGCGAUACUGGAAGAAAGCAGACAGCACCACGACAUAAUUCAGCAGGAGUACUUAGACACGUACUACAACCUGACCAUUAAAACGCUCAUGGGGAUGAACUGGGUGGCAACGUACUGCCCGCAGAGCCCGUACGUUAUGAAAACUGACAGCGACAUGUUUGUCAACACCGAAUACUUAAUACAUAAGUUACUGAAGCCAGACCUGCCUCCCCGACACAACUACUUCACGGGUUACCUAAUGCGAGGCUACGCUCCCAAUCGAAACAGAGACAGCAAGUGGUACAUGCCCCCAGACCUCUACCCCAGCGAGCGCUACCCUGUCUUCUGCUCCGGGACCGGUUAUGUCUUUUCUGGAGAUCUGGCAGAGAAGAUAUUCAAAGUUUCGUUAAGUAUCCGUCGUUUGCACUUGGAAGACGUCUAUGUAGGGAUCUGCCUUGCCAAGCUGAGAAUUGAUCCUGUGCCCCCCCCCAAUGAGUUUGUGUUCAAUCACUGGCGAGUUUCUUACUCGAGCUGUAAAUACAGCCACCUAAUUACCUCUCAUCAGUUCCAGCCGAGUGAACUGAUAAAAUACUGGAACCAUUUGCAGCAAAAUAAGCACAAUGCCUGUGCCAACGCAGCAAAAGAAAAGGCAGGCAGGUAUCGCCAUCGUAAACUACACUAGAAAAGACAACUUUGUUCUUUUUCCCAAACGUGCAAUCUGUAAAAUAUUGCUAAGAGCAUGUGCAGUUAAAACGGAUUACAUUCAUAGGACAAGUUUUAGUUAACUCAUCACAUAAAGGGAACGAAAAAUAUUUGACUUUCUGAAGAAGGUAAUUAUUCAAAAUACAACAUGAUAACGACAAAAAGGUAUCCCCAAAUAAUCUACUGAAACCCCACACACGGGGAUCCCAUGUAUUAACAGGCAGUAACAGGCAUGAGUCCAUCAAUGGUUCAAGUCUUAUGCUAGGAGCCAACAAGAUGUAUCUGCAUAUAUUUUCCACAAAAAUUUUAAUUUAAGAAAUGGAGACAUUCAAAAGACCCUUUGUUUUUCAGUUUUUCAUUUCAAUAUAUAAUUAAAUGUAAAUAAAACAUAACUGUCGAUUUUAAGGAAACUUUA